AUGCAUCCCGUGAAAAAAGUAGCUGUCAUAGGUGCAGGGCCGUCGGGUCUAAGUGCAGUCAAAUAUCUGUUGGCCGAGCAACAUUUCGACCAGAUUGAUGUCUUUGAGCAAAGAAGCUCCGUGGGAGGGGCCUGGAACUACACCCCAAAUACGUUGAAAAUAGGGUUGUCAACCCCUGUCCCACAAGUGAAUCCCUAUGAACCCCCUGAGAAGCCAGCUUGGAUCGGCUCAGCCCAGGGCACACGGGAAGCAACUUUCGUGUCCCCGCUUUAUGAUCGACUGGAGACCAAUAUCCCCAGGGAGUUGAUGCGCUACUCCGAUGAAGAAUGGCCGGCAGACGCGCAGCUCUUCCCCAAGCACUCAACAGUGAAGCAAUACCUCGAAGACUACGCCGCGGAUAUCAAAAACCACAUUCAGUUCGAGACUCAGGUCAUUGAUGUGAGUCUCCAAACUACAGCUUCGCAUGAUUGGAACAUUACAACAAGGAAUCUUCACACUGGAAGCGAUACUACGAACACGUAUGAUGCUGUGGUAGUUGCGAGUGGCCAUUUCACAGUCCCCUUUGUUCCUGACAUCACGGGAAUACAGCACUGGGAUGCCUCCUAUCCAGAAGCAAUCUCACAUUCCAAAUUCUAUGACUCUCCCGAAUGCUUCUCGGGAAAGAAGGUGGUCGUAGUAGGAAGUUCAGCUUCUGCUCUCGACAUUGGCGCCCAAAUCAAUGAGUUCAGCAAAGGUCCCCUCCUGGUCUCCCAGAGAACAGAAUCAUGGAUGGGUGCAGCUUCAGCAGAUGAUAAAGUCAUUGUCCCAGAGAUUGUUGAGUUCCUUCCCCCCACAACUCAUGAAAGAGGUAUACGAUUUGCAAAUGGUCGCAUCGAGGAGCACGUCGACUCUAUCGUUUUCUGCACUGGGUACUUCUACUCGUAUCCUUUCCUGUCAUCCCUGAAGCCCCAGGUUGUAACACAUGGGUGGCGCACGAUGAAUGUUUACCAACAAUUGUUCUAUAUCGAGAACCCCACGCUUGUAUUUCCCGUGCUCUCCCAACGGGUGAUUCCAUUCCCAAUGGCAGAGAACCAGGCCGCUCUCUUCUCUCGCGUCUGGUCGGGGCGACUGGCACUUCCACCAAAACAAGACAUGAAGGCAUGGGAGAGUGCUGAAAUUGAAGCCAAGGGAGAUGGGAAGAAGUUUCACUUGCUUCCAUACCCCAUGGAUGCCGAUUAUCUUAACUUUCUCUACGAUUGGGCCGAAAAGGCCACACCGCGACCUGGACUGUCUCACAGCGGGCAUGGUAAACUGGGUACCCGGUGGGGUGAGCCGGAGAGGUGGAUGCGGGCCAUUUUCCCGGAAAUUCGGCGCGCCUUUGUCCAGCGCGGCCAUCAGCGGGGCGAAAUCAAGACUUUGGCCGAGCUGGGAUUUGAUUUCGAAGAGGCGAAACGGAGAGACAAGCUAUAA